UGUCUCUCUUUCCCAAAAAAACUAUUCGACUGCAAAGGAAGAGAGGGGGAUACCGAGAGCAUCAUCGAUGGCCCAGUUACAGGAGGAGCUGACUCAGAGGUUUACACAGCAGAGCCUUGAGAGUGAUUGACCCCCUUGACACUUCAACAUUAGCUUGCUAUCAGUCCACAGCCAUGCCGCCACCAGCUGACAUUGUGAAGGUGGCUAUUGAAUGGCCUGGUGCUAACGCUCAGCUCAUAGAAAUGGACCAGAAAAGACCUCUGUCCUCAAUAAUACGGGAAGUAUGUGACGGCUGGUCUCUGUCAGGCGCUGAGCAGUUUGCACUGCGUUACGCUGACGGCCCUCAGCUUUAUAUCACUGAACAGAGCCGAGGUGAUAUUAAGAACGGGACCAUUCUUCGAUUAGCAAUAUCACCUGCUCGUGCUGCACGUCAACUCCUGGAGAGGAUCCAGUCCCAUGGUAUUGAUGCUCGCCUGGAGGCUCUCAAAGAGCUUGCUAAGCUGUCUGCAGACCCGACCUUUGCCACAGAGUUCAUCAACAUGGAGGGCAUUGGGACACUCGCACGUCUUGUAGAGAGUGGCACCCACUUUGGUGAAAUGCUGGCCUUUACUCUCACUGCCUUCCUGGAGCUGAUGGAUCAUGGCAUUGUGUCCUGGGACCUGAUCUCCCUCUCCUUCAUUAAACAGAUUGCAGGCUAUGUUAACCAGCCGAUGGUGGACGUCUCUAUUCUUCAGCGCUCUCUCGCCAUCCUGGAGAGCAUGGUGCUGAACAGCCACAGCCUCUAUCACCGCGUGGCUCAGGAGAUCACCGUGGGACAGCUCAUCGGACACCUGCAAGUGUCAAACCAGGAGAUCCAGACCUACGCCAUUGCCCUCAUCAAUGCUCUCUUUCUGAAGGCACCAGAAGACAGGCGGCAGGAGGAGUACACUAACCCGCUGGAGCAGCACCUCACUGAAAUGGCAAGCACGUUGGCUCAGAAACAUCUGCGAUCCAUCAUCCUCAAUCACGUUAUCAGAGGAAAUCGACCGAUCAAAGCAGAAAUGGCCCAUCAGCUUUAUGUGCUGCAAGUAUUGACAUUUAACCUUUUGGAAGAACGAAUGAUGACCAAAAUGGAUCCUAAUGACCAGACUCAAAGGGACAUCAUUUUUGAGCUGCGUAGGAUCGCCUUCGAUGGAGAAAAUGACCCCACUGGUACAGAAAAAAGAAAGGCCAUGUACACCAAGGACUAUAAGAUGCUAGGGUUCACUAACCACGUGAACCCGGCAAUGGACUUCACCCAAACUCCUCCGGGCAUGCUGGCUUUGGACAACAUGCUGUACCUCGCUAAGGUUCACCAGGACACGUACAUCAGGAUUGUUUUGGAGAACAGCAGCCGCGAGGACAAGCAUGAAUGUCCGUUUGGGCGGUGUGCCAUCGAACUCACUCGAAUGCUGUGCGAGAUACUGCAGGUCGGAGAGUUGCCUAAUGAAGGCUGCAAUGACUACCACCCCAUGUUCUUCACUCAUGACCGAGCAUGGGAGGAGUUCUUCUGUGUCUGCAUCCAGCUGCUUAAUAAAACCUGGAAGGAGAUGAGAGCCACAGCUGAGGAUUUCAAUAAGGUGAUGCAGGUGGUGCGUGAGCAGAUCACCAGGGCUCUGGCCAUGAAACCGCCAUCUUUAGACCAGCUGAAGAACAAACUGCGAGGCCUCAACUAUUCUGAGAUUUUGCGUCUGCGGCAGUCUGAGAGAAUGAGCCAGGACGACUUCCAGUCCCCACCCAUCAUUGAGCUGCGGGAGAGAAUUCAGCCAGAGAUCUUGGAGCUCAUCAAACAGCAGCGACUGAACCGGCUGUGUGAGGGGAGCUGUUUCCGUAAACUGGGGAACCGCCGAAGACAAGAGAAGUUUUGGUUCUGCAGACUCUCGCUGAAUCACAAAGUGUUGCACUAUGGGGAUCUUGAUGAGUCACCUCAGGGUGAAGUGCCUUUUGAGCUACUUAGUGACAAGAUCCCUGUUUCUGAUAUCAAGUCUGUGGUGACCGGGAAGGAUUGCCCUCAUAUGAAAGAAAAAAGUGCUUUGAAACAGAACAAGGAGGUGCUGGAAUUAGCUUUUUCUGUCCUCUAUGAUCCAGACGAGACCCUCAAUUUUGUCGCACCCAACAAGUAUGAGUACUGCAUCUGGACUGACGGGCUGUGUGCACUGCUGGGUAGAGAGAUGGGCAGUGACCUGACACGCAGUGACCUAGAUACUCUCAUCAGCAUGGAGAUGAAGCUCCGCCUCCUCGACCUUGAGAACAUCACAAUCCCAGAAGCCCCGCCCCCUGUACCCAAGGAGCCUAGCUCAUACAACUUCACCUACAACUACAGCUGAGAUGUUUGCGUGUGUGUGAGUGUUUCGGUGUGCUUAUGUGUGUGUAUGAGUGUGAAUGUGAAUCUGAGUUUGCUCUGCAUGUGUGUUGUCAAGUGUUCUCCAUCUUUUGAUGAGUUUAGCUGCAGAUGUGUGCAACAGACGAAGGUUAUUUUGGAUUUUUGAAUUCACUUUUCAGAACCCUGGAGAGUCUGUCCAUGUGUCUGAUGCUCUGUGGUUUGUCAGAUGUGUUUAUAACUCCACAGGGAGUCGAGAGGUCAGCGUACACUACAGAGCAGCACUGCUGGAGCUAGUAGACAUUCAGUGAGUGAAUUUAGCUGUGCAGUCUCCAGGCAACAAUGAUUUUUAUUCCUCAUUCUUCACUAUUUAAAGGUAUUAACCUGACUCUAGUGAGGGAUUAUGUGCCUGAGUUGGAAACGAAUGAAACAAUUUUAAAAUCUACCAAUCAGUUUUCACACACGUAUAUUCAGACAAAUAACUUAAAUUAUUCAGUGUCGUCUCCGCGGCAACAGAAGACCAAAAUCCAUGCCAAACCAUUCCAGUUUUAAGACAGCGCUGACUUCUGUUGAUUUCACAAAACAGAUGAAGAGAGUGAAGUGUUAAACAGAGCACAGUGAACAAGCUCACACACCACACACCUGUCCCUCACUAGAAGUCACUUUACUAAAGGAUAGUUGAUGUCACAGAGGACAGAACAUGAUGUUUCAGGUUUAAACCGUCUGUGUGAUCAGUGUAUGUUAAGAAUCUGAUCAGUGGUUCAAUAUUUGACUCCGACGGAAAGAAAUGUGGUGCUGAAAAUCAGUGACCAAGAGAGCUCGACGUUUAAUUUCAACUCGGUUGAAGCAGAUACAGAUAAGGGAGAAGGAUACUCCCUAUUUUCUCACCACGUGUUUGUAAGUUAUAUCACGUUUGUUUUACUGAGCCUGCAGUUUGAAGAAAAUUGAUUACAAUGAUCAAUAAUCUGAAGUCUCCAAUUUUUAAAAAUGAUUUUGGGGCUUUAUUUUCUUCAUUGAUAGGAUGGCCAAAGACAGACGAGAACAGUGAGGAGAAGAGAUUGGGGUAGUGUUAGGUGGGGGUCGUUUCUGCUGUAGAUGUUCAAGGAUGAAAUCGCGAAACAGACUGUGGAUUAUCUUAGAUUUAUUCGGCCGAGGUCAAACAACAGCCAAACACGAACCGCUGACAAAGUGUUCAUCUUAACAGUGUUGCUUAUAUUCUGUUAGAAGGUACAGCCCUCAAAUUCCUUUCUAUUCGGGUAUACCUCUAAAAGGCUAGAAAAAUGACGUGACCAUGAUCUGUCAAUGUCACACAUAUACAUUCCAGUCUUAGCGAACGUUGUUUCCUUUUAAGUUCACAACAUAUACUUGGCUCCUAUCCAAAUAUAGAUCUGCUGCUAUGAGAGUCAUGUAAAUACUGUUCCAUCUACACAGACCUAGAAGAAGGAUUACUCUUAGAUGGAUACAGAUUGAAAUGGUACAUCCCCAAAAUUACUAAGAUGAAUGAAUUCAUGAAAAUUUGUACUAACAGAUAGAUGUGUAGAUAUGUUUGUUUUUAUGUUACGGUAGAAACCAGCAAAGAGUCAGAUUUGAAUCUCUGACAAAAGAUGAUUAAGGCAACCUACUAAAGACUUGCUUGAACAAUUGAGAAUGAGUCAACAUGAUUGCUAAUCCAUUGUCUGUUGUUGAACUAUUCUUUAAGAACACUUAUUAUAGUGAUAACUAUAUUGUUGUAGUUAUGACUCGAACUCAUUGACCAGACGUACUGCUCGUGUAUGUGAGUGUUUUUUGUGUGUAUGUCUGAGUGUGCAGGAUUUGUGUGGGUUUGUUUGUGUUUGGAGAUGAUACUUGAUAUAAUGAACAUGAAGUCGAUGCUCAUUAAACGUUUGGGCUCUAACAUGUGACACGAACAAAAAAGAAAACAUGAAUGAAAGAACUAUUUUUGUUCAAUCAUACCCUCUCUCAAACUCUCAUUGUAUGAUUUGUGUAACAUCAACACUAGAAUUUAAAAGCAGUAUAUGUUUUAAGGAAUUUAAAAUGGUUUAACAGAUAUAUGGAAGCUUUGAAAAGUACUCUCUUCUGAGUACUUCAGAAAGCCUUUUAACAGGUAUCUAAACUUGUGUUUGUGAAGGAACAGUGUUAUAUAAUUAGAGAGUUUACAAUUAUUAACAUGUUGUCUUUAAGAUUAAUAAUAAAACGAUGUGUUAAAAGCAUUCAUUAUAUGUGUAUAUGAACUGUACACAGCAGGAUUACAAACACAAAUGUUUUAAAGAGGUCAUAAAUUACAUGAAUACAUGUGAGAAAAAUCUGAUAUUAAUUUAUAUUUUUUAUACCAGUCAUGAAUAAUAUAUAGGAAGUCUUAACACUCUUCUUUGUUAACAAAGAUAUGAUUUAACACUUCAAAUAUCCAUAUAUCUGCUACAACUGUUAUAACUUGUAAUUUAAAAAAGCCUUUAUUCAUUGUUUAUAUACUGCUUCUACAUUCUUCUUUUGUUUUGGGUUUUAAAGAAGUGUUGUAGUGUACCUUAUAAGGAUGUUUGAUACAGGUUUCUUUAAGUGAAACAUCAGAUUUUAGGCUUGAUCUCAGACAUUUUUCUAUCACACUAGAUGUACAAAAGAGCAGCUAAGUUGGCCUGUUUUCAUAAAUAUGGCAGCCCACGAGCAGGAGCAGGUGAGAAACAGCUGAGCAAACCAGUUCUGCUGAUUUCUAAAUGAACAAACAGCAUCAUGUUCUUUGUAAACUGUAUUAAUAGCUAUAGAAAUAUUGAUUGAUGUCAUUUUCUAAGUGUUUUUUUGCCAUGCCACUAAAUGUCCUGUCACCUUUUACAAAAGUUCUAACUACAACAUUCAUUUGUUAUUGCAGUAUAAAAUUAUAUUUUUGUAAGAUUGUCCAAUCCUAUCAGCUUUGACGACAAAGGGAAUGGAGCUCUCAUUUUCUCUUUAUGUCACUCUCUGCAGUGCGUUCUAUAUUCUCCUAACUGUGCAAGGACAUUUCACACUAAAGAACAAAGUUUUCUCCUCAUGAGUCACAUUUUCAUACCACAAGCACCUCAUAUCAUUAAGGAAUGACACCCACUCCAGCACCUAAUGAUGAUGUCAAUGUUAAUGUUUAUUAUACUGCUGAUGGGAAUGAUAAAACAUUUCUCCCUAUCUAAAUCGCUGUUGAUGCUGUCUGUGAAAAUAAUUUUCAAAUAGUGUUUUCCUGUUAAUGUUGGAGGUGUUAAAGGGUCCCUGGGGAGUUUUUGACCCCUCAACAGCACAGUAAUAAAGCUCUGAGAUUAAGCCACCCUUUAACUUCAAUACACUGAACCUAACAGUGUUGUCAUAUCUGUGCCAAAGUGGGUUAUUUAACUUCACUGAAGUCCCUUUUACACAGCUAGUUAAAUGUUUUGCCUGAGCUAGCAGUGGAAGAAGUUGCAGAUGCAUAGCGAAUUGGUGUGAAUGUAAAUUUUAGAGCCGGCAGGAGGAAAUAGCGCUGUGUGUUUGUGUAAGUGAGCUGACUUUCUUGUUAAGCCAUACUGCCUGUUUUGCUUUGUAACACUUUGUAAAAAUGCACACUAAGACAGUAAUAUUGGUCAUAUGUAAGAGCAUAAAGGUGGCUUAACGGUGGAGCUUCCCUACAGUGCUGUUGCAGAAUCUCUUCGUAUACAAAGGGAUAUAAACACUGCUGUUCAGUCCUGCCAGCUCUGAUCUGAACACAGAUGUCAUUUUGCCUGACCACUUGACCUCCGCUCCUUUUACACAGAAGGGGAGGUGUAAUGGUCUUUUAUUACAGGCUGUGUAAAAUGGACUCGUGAUACACAGCAAUGAACUAAAAACAAUUAAAUAUGGAUGGAAACAGCAUUUGAAAUACUUAAAAAAUUGCCAAUCAAAUGUUUUGUAUGUAGAGGCACCCAACAUUAUUUUAGUCUCAAGGGUAUACACAAAGCUUUAUAGUGCGUAGAGCUGAAUGUAAACAUAACUAUUGUUUACAUAAAAAACCCCACAGGGUACCUUUAACUGCCUAAAAGGAUUGUUUUAUAUUUGAGGAGAGGUUCUCAGAAAACCGCAGCUGAACUAAACUAUAUCAAUGGCACAGUGAGUGAAAGACUGUCGCAUUGGAUGUACUAACAGUAUGACUUGAAGUUUAUGGUACUCUUUUACAUAACUUGCUAAACUAUUUAUUUACACUUGCUAGUGAUAGUAAAGAAUGACAUGUUGUUGAGGAAUAACAACAUAAACUCUAAAUAUGGUAUACAUAUAGAUCAUUGUAUGUAUAUACUGUAUUGUGUUGCCUUAUUGAAGAAAUGUAUUAUGUUUUGUGUGAAUAAAUACAACGAAUACUGUU